AUGAGGGCCCCCACUCAGCUCCUCAGCCUCCUGCUGUUCUGGCUCCCAGGUGCCAACUGUGAAUCCCAGAUGACCCAGUCUCCAUCCUCUGUGUCUGCAUCUCUAGGAGACCGUCACCAUCACUUGCCGGGCCACGCCACCCUCACCUGCAGGGCCAGUCAGAGUGUUAGCAGCUACUUAGCCUGGUACCAGCAGGAACCUGGGCAGGCUCCCAGACUCCUCAUCUAUGGUGCAUCCACCAGGGCCUCUGGCAUCCCAGCCCGGUUCAGUGGCAGUGGGUCGGGGACAGACUUUACUCUCACCAUCAGCAGCCUGGAGCUUGAAGACGUUGCUGUUUAUUACUGCUAUCAGUACAAUAGCGGGAUCACCUUUGGCCAAGGGACACGUCUGGAGAUUAAACGGUCUGAUGCCCAGCCAGCUGCCUUCCUCUUCCACCCAUCUAAAGAGCAGUUAGAGAACGGAAAGGCCUCUGUCGUGUGCUUUGUGAAUGGCUUUUACCCCAAAAAAAUAGAAGUCACUUGGAAAGUGGAUGGAGUUGUCCAAGAGAGCAACAUCCAGGAGAGUUUCACUGAGCAGGACAGCAAGGACAGCACAUACAGCCUCAGUAGCACCCUGACGCUGCCUAGUUCCCAGUACCAAAGCCACAGUCUCUAUACCUGCGAGGUCAGUCACCAGUCCCUGGCCUCCCCCCUGGUCAAGACCUUCAAUAAGAAUGACUGUUAGAGCUAGAAGCCUGCAGGCUCGUCCAUCACCUGUGCUGGGUCCCAGCCCCCUCCCUCGCCUCUUCAGGCCUCAGGCCCUUUUCCCUAUUGCAAUCCUCCGGCCCAUUUCCCCACCUCAUCCUCCUCCCCCUCUUUGGCUUUAAUCAUGCUAAUGUUGGGGGGAAAAUGAAUAAAUAAAGUGAAUCUCUGCACCUGUGAUUUCUUUCUCCUUCCUGAUUUAAGCUUUUUCAACAGUUUUUCUUUUCUUUUCUUUUUUUUAACGUUUAUUGGAGUAUAAUUGCUUUACAAAGGUGUGUUAGUUUCUGCUUUACAACAAAGUGAAUCAGUUCUACA